AUCUCCCCUCCCAGAGAUCAUCGUUGGGUCCCUGGAUGAUUGAUUGUUGGACACAAUGUAACCAUAAUCUUGAUAAAGUGCUACAUGUUUUUCACGGCUUGGAUGCUCAGUCGGAGUGCCUCACAGCUACGAUGAGGGUGGUCUUUCGAUCGUCCGUGGAGUAUAAGGAUACCUCCACCGCUGGAAGGGACUGCACGCCGGGGUCUCUCGCAGGUCGACGAGUAGGAAGAAUGCAGGCGUCUGGAGGCUAGGAGCGAAUCCAGCCCACUGGCCACGACACUCGUAUCGCGGGCUUCAAUGGCGCGUUCGCAUGCAUCGACCUGGCUAGAUGCUGGCCGUCUUCACUCGCUCCCUGUCACAUUGUUACACCUGCUUCACAGCGUUGUGGGAUAUCCACGAGUCUAUCCACCCCCCUUUAGAUGGCGAAGGAACAGUGCCAUGCUUCUGUUCCCAGGAACAUGGACGGGUGAGAGAUGUCGGUUCACGUGGUGGUUGAAACCAGACCGUCGUGGUCUUUGACACCGACCGCUUGCUCGCGUG